GCUUGUUCGAGCAAAAACUUUCCCAGCACAAGCGAUGGCGGCCGCAGUGUCCGUUAGCGCAGCUGCCAGAGACGAGAAACCCUAUGCUGGGCCUAAUUGUGGUUCCCGUCCACUAACGUUAUAUGAAAAUUACGGUGAAAUUGUACAACAGGAGCAAUGGGGUUUGGGAGAACGAAGCGACCCAGAUGCCGAAAGCACGGAUGAAAAUGCAUCCACGAGUAGUGAGUCCCAAAGAAGAGCUGACGAUGAGUUGCCUGUUUUGAGCCCAGAGGAGAUUGAAUGCCGAUUAGAGAGAACUCGAAGAGAGUUUUACAAUCGGCGGAAAAUAAUUAUAAAAAAUCUCCCAAACGACAUAACUAAUCAGGAGGUGCACGAACUGCUGAGCAAUUAUGACCUGAAGUACUGCUUUGUUGAUAAAUACAAGGGGACCGCGUUCGUCACGCUGCUGAACGGGGAGCAGGCCCAGCAUGCCAUCAGCCAGUUCCACCAGUUCACGCUGCGGGAGAGGGAGAUCUCCGUGCAGCUGCAGCCCACCGACGCCCUGCUGUGCAUCGCCAACCUGCCCACAGCCUACAGCCAGCAGCAGUUUGAGGAGCUGGUGCGGCCGUUCGGCAACCUGGAGCGCUGCUUCCUGGUGCACAGCGCCUCCACUGGCCACUCCAAGGGCUACGGCUUCGUGGAGUACAUGAAGAAGGACUCGGCGGCGCGCGCUAAGUCGGAGCUGCUGGGCAAGCAGCUGGGCUCGCGCAUGCUGUACGUGCACUGGACCGAGGUGGGCUCGCUCACCUUCCCCAUGCUGCACUCGCGCUGCCUCUGCAUCGACCGCCUGCCCCCCGGCCUCCUGAGCGCCCCCGACCUGCUGGCCGCCCUCUCCAACACCCACGCGCCCCUCUUCUGCCAGCUUGCCCAGGGCCAAGAUGGAAGUUUCCGGCGCUUCGCGGUUCUGGAGUUCUCUACGCCGGAGAUGGCGGAGGAGGCUCAGAGGGUGGCUGAUGGCCGGACGAUUGCUGGCACGCACAUCCGCGUCUCCUUCUGCGCCCCUGGACCACCGGGCAGGAGCAUGCUAGCAGCCCUGAUAGCUGCACAAACCAUGGCGCUGAACCGAGGCAAGGGCCUUCUGCCGGAGCCCACGGCCAUGCAGAUCCUCACAGGCCUCAGCAACCCAGCCACCCUCAAGAUGCUGCUCAACCCCCUCACACAGGGACGCAAGCAGGGUCUGUUGGGUGCAGCUCCCCCUGCCAUGCCCCUGCUGGCUAACCCGGCCCUCUCCGCUGCCCUCCUGCAGAUGCUGCUGCAGAACCAGGCUCAGGUCCAACAGCAGGCUGGGCUGCUUGGCGAGAACCCCUUGGCCACUCACGCUGCUCUCCAGCAGAGCCUCAACAUGCUGGGCGAACUACCUCAAAGCAAUCUGGUUCCAGGUCUGACUCUUCCCACGGAGUCCCUGGGCCCCAUCAAGCCCCCCUCCAUGGGCCGCCCCCUGGCCCGGGAGCAGGAGUCCCCCACCCCGCCCUGCAGCUUCCCCUCCACGCCCUCCCCUGCUCUCCAGGGCCUUCCCAUGACCCUCCUGGGGGGCAUGCUGGGGGCCGAGGCACCCGCCGUGCCAGGGUCUCUAAGGGAUCCCCUGAAGGAGGUGGGCAUAUCCCAGAAUCCCUUCCUCAACAACCCCAACGUCUUCCCUUCAGCUGUGACCACCAGCAGGCCCCACCCCUACAACCCUGCCUACAGGAAGAGGGCCACAGUAAGCAGUGGUGGCUCCGCCCACAGCCAGCGCUCAGGCCACACCCUCCACUCCACCUUCAACCUGCGCUACCAGGACUCCUACACCCCAGAGUACCCGCCCCUGCACCAGGACCCUCUGUCCCACCUCUACGAGCCAGAGUCUCUGGAUUGUACGGCCUUGCCAGGGUUUGGUGUCCAGCAGCCCUCUCGGCCCUCCAGCUUUGGUGAGCAGCUCACCUCCUUCCACUACCCCCCCAGCCCUCCCCAGUCCCAAAACUCCUACUACGGGGCCUACGGGGCUCCAGUCGGCGCCACCCAGCUCAAUAAGGCUGUAGGGAUGCCCCCUCUAAGCCACAGCAGCGUGUUCUCCGCCGCUCCAGGCAGCGAAAUGAAGACUCCGGUGGGUGGUCAGAAGCGUCUGUUCUCCCGGCUCAUCCCGUCUCCGGAGCCCAGCCCUGAGGGGGGCUACGUGGGCCAGCACUCCCAGGGCCUGGGGGGCCACUACGCCGACUCCUACCUGAAACGCAAGCGCAUCUUCUAAAGCUCUCCCGCUGCGUACACAAAACGAGAGGCGUUGGGGAAACGGGGCUGUGUGUGCGUGUGUGUGUGUGUUUCUCCCCUGUUCGCACAGAGGAAAUCCAUGUUUUAUGGGGCGGGGGACCUCCUCCUCCUCCCCUACACCACACCACACCUCAACUCUUCCCCCACCCUGCUCUUCUGCCUCUGAUGUGUACACAUGCCUCUGGCAUUGCCCUGCAGGCCCCUCUAGGGGGCAGUCUCGCGCUCCUCUGGGAUACUGUGUGUGCGGCAGUAAAUGGGAUUUGUUUUUGUUGCGUUCACUUUCUUUUUUUUCUUUUUUAUUUAAUCAUUUUUUUGUGUGUAAAAUGUUUUCCCCAGUAUAUGUAAAUUAAGUUUUUAAUUUUUUAAGUUUUGUGUAUUAUAAUUUUUUAAAAGAAGUUUCCAGAAAUAUGAGUUAAAGCAGGUCCUAUGCAGCACAGAAAGGUUACCUUGUUUUUUCUUCUCUUCUCGGGAGUCCUUUCUUGGCUUGACUUUCUUUUUUUUAAUCAUUAGCUUGGUGUGUGUUGGGUUGUUUUCAGUUUUAUUUAGCAACUUCCUGGUCAGUAAUAUUUUUGUGUGUGCGUGUAUAUAUAUGAAUAGCUGAAUAGGAUGCUGCUUUAUUAUUAUUAUUUUUUUCUUUCUUUCUCCCUGACUCAGGGGUGGCGUAGAGAAUGUAACCUGGACUGGCCUGUCUGGUGUAGCCAGUGCUUCUUAGCCAACAUGGUGUCUCUCCUUGCUCUUUUUUUCCAGUCUGUUGUAUGUGUGCCUAUGUCUCCAUCUCUGUCUCUGCUAAAAAUAAGAUCUGGCCUGUCUUGUCUUGAUUCUGUUUUCAUAUCCACUCGCCACACAGUUUUUGUCUCGUUCUCUUUUUUUUUUUUUUUUUUUUUUCUCACCCUCUGUUCCCGUCUGAGAUCUUUCAAUCCUGUUAUCGAUUCAGGUUUACUGCACUUGAAUGGUGUGGUUAUUCAUUUUCUCCACUCUCCCCCUCUUUUCCACGCUUUCAACGCACUCAAAGCUCGGGUACUCUUCCUCUCACACAACACAUGUCCUCUUACUUAGCAGGUCUCGCAUACAAGUUCCCCUACAGAAGUUCUUCUCUGUUCCCCUAGUUCUUUUCUGUUCAGUUUCUGUUUUUAGUUUUUUUGUUCUACAGUGGUGCCUGACCGUCUUGUUUGUAUUGUCACUUGCACUCGUGCUCGGCUGUAUGAGAUGUUCUGGAGUAUUGGUUGUUCCUGCAGCUUGUGCUUGGGUCGUUUAUUUUGGACACCCCUCUGUAGCUUCAGACUCAUGGGCCUGAGCCAACACUUGCCCUGCACCCCCCCCCGACUAUUUCAGAAGCCCCCAUAGCCGAGGUGGGGUGAGGAGGUUUAGCCUUUCUGCUCUUUCUACCGUGCCUGGACCUUCAAUGCCAAGCUCCUUCUGUUAACCACCACCACCAACCCCCAUGUCUUCUGCCUCUUCCUCACUCUUCUUUCCAUCUCCCUCCCUUCUUACACCUCCAUCUUCCUCUCCCUCUCUUCCUCUCUUUCCUCAGAGCUGCAUCUUCCCUGCUAGCCAGCAGAGGGAGUCUUGUUGCCCCCCCUGUGGUGUCCAGUGGUCUCCCUAUGAAACUGCAAAGUGCUCCACUGCUUAACCUGUAUUCAGGCCUCAAGUGUCUUGCGUGGACAUCUGUUUUGGAGCAGGCAGGACCUGUGCUCGCCUCCCCCCCCCCCUCCACUUCUCAACUCCACUUCUAUGGUUAUUACUUAGAGGUUUCUGUCUGACGAUGCUCCACCCUGAGACUCACUGCGAUAAGGGAUGUGUCUCUCCCCACUCUCCCCUGCAGCAGUCAAGGGAGCUGAGGGGGUGUGAUCCAGUCUGGAUCAUGGACCACCAGGUCUUAGUGAUUCUUUUUAAAGUUUAAAAAAAAAGAAGCAAAUCCCUGUUCUUAUGAUAAUCUGGUUGACAUUUUGAUUGUGAUAACCCCAUUACCUCUACCACCUCUAAUGUGCUCUGACUGACCACAGAUCUUUGGAAGCAAAAACGGGAAAAAAAUCAAUCUGUGUGCCUGAACUUGCCAGCCAUUUUUUUCUGUUAUCUAUGCUGUAAAGCUUUACAUCUACAUUUAACCAUCUUUUUCUCAGUGUUCUUUUGCUGUGUAUAUACUUAUGCGUGAUAUUUUUUUUCUUUCACAGACCUGUUGUCUUAUUUUUUAACCUUCCAGAGUAUACAAAUUCAAGUUGAAGUCUUUUUUUUUCCCUCAUUCUGUGAUGAACAAAAUAACAAGGGCUGAUUUCCUCUUCAACCAAAUGUGUACAUUUUUCAGUCUCUGUGAAUGUGUGUGUGUAUGUGUGCGUGUGUGUGUUUGCUCGAAUGUGUGUGUUUUUCCUUUAUUCUGUGUGGACCAACUGGUGCUGCUGUCCAAAGAAACGUCACAUUUCUCAAAACUGGUCUGUUUGUCAACUGUACAGCUCUUUUGUGGAAGUUUUUGAGCAAGUAAAUGUUAUUUAAGUUGGCACA